UGCAUCCGGCAGUGUAAUUAAGGAAAUGGAACUUAACCGGAGGGUUUUUUUUGUAACCGGUAGUAAAGUUGACUAAGUAGCUCUGCCGUCAGCCAUGGCUCUGAAGACGGGUUGCUGUCUCCUGGAAAACUUCAUGGGCCAGUCUCCUGUGUCACCAAGAAAAUUUUGUUCCAAUUCUGGUCUCUUGUAUGCAGGACUGUUUGUGACUACCUUCCAAAGGCAGCUGAGGUGGAGCAUGCUUAGAAAAUUGAAAUUGAAGGGUGCCUCACAGACAUUUCUCAGUGGGACUAGACAUCUGUCCUCUGAUUGCCCUGAAGCAUUUUCAAGUUCUAGUAUAAACCACUUGCACUCUGAAUGCAGACAGCAUUCCAUCUUUGCCAUCUUCAGACCAAUCUGUGUUCAACUUCAACCCAAACUCAAAGGGCAGAUUUUUCUCCAGGGUGCUGGCUCAUCUGUUUUAGCUGGACCUUUUAAUUACCCCUGUUUUUUCAGUCAGCAUGCUGCAAGUGUUGGUGGACUGACAGAAGAGGAAAUGCAGAAAGCCAGAGAAUCUAAAGUUUCUCAGACUCGUCCUCAUAGACAAAAGCUCAGUGAAAAAGCACAUGAAAAAAAGGUACCAGCAACUCGCCUCGGAAGACUGGCAAAUUUUGGAGGCUUGGCAGUUAGCAUUGGUAUUGGUGCUGUUGUUGAGACCGUUAAGUCAUUCAAAGAUGAACAUAAUGAAAAAGGUGAGCAUGGGUUGCCGAAUGCCAGUAAUUAUUUAUCAGAAGCAAAUGCUGAGCGAAUUGUGAGAACACUCUGUAAAGUUCGUGGAGCAGCUUUAAAAAUGGGUCAGAUGUUGAGCAUGCAAGAUGUUGACUUCAUUAGUCCUACACUGCAGAGGAUCUUUGAGAGGGUACGGGACAGUGCAGAUUUUAUGCCUACAAAGCAAAUGCUGAAGGUUCUCUACAGCGAGCUGGGUCCAGACUGGAGAAGUAAGCUGGAGUUCUUUGAAGAGCGCCCUUUUGCUGCUGCAUCAAUUGGCCAAGUUCACCUAGCCAAGGUGAAAGAUGGGCACGAGGUGGCUAUGAAGAUUCAAUAUCCUGGUGUUGCUCAGAGUAUCGACAGUGAUAUCCGUAACCUUAUGGCUGUCCUCAACCUUAGCAGUGCAUUACCAAAGGGACUAUUCCCUGAACAUGCUGUUGCAGUUAUGAGCCAAGAGUUGGCCUUGGAGUGUGAUUAUCUCAGAGAAGCUGCUUGUGCAAAUAACUUCAGGGAGUUACUGAAAGAUGACCCAUUCUUUUAUGUGCCAGCUGUAAUUGAUGAUUUGAGUAGCGUGAGAGUAUUAACUACUGAGUUGGUUCCUGGGUUCCCUCUGGACAAGGCUGAGGGACUGGACCAGGAUAUCAGGAACAAGUUGUGUUACAAAAUUCUGGAGCUGUGUAUUCGAGAACUGUUUGAAUUCAGGUACAUGCAGACAGAUCCCAACUGGUCAAAUUUCUUCUACAACCCAGAUACUGGAAAGGUGUCCCUCUUGGAUUUUGGAGCAACAAGAAGUUUUGACAAAGAAUUCACAGAUCAGUAUAUAGAGAUCAUUAGAGCUGCAGCAGACAGAGACAGGGAGAAAGUGCUUCAAAAAUCCAUGGAUAUUAAGUUCUUGACUGGAUAUGAAACAAAGUUAAUGAAGGAUGCCCACGUGGAUGCGGUGAUGAUCCUAGGAGAAGCUUUUUCCUCUACUGAACCUUUUGACUUUGGCUGCCAGACUACUUCCCUUCGCAUUCAUAGCAUCAUUCCCAUAAUGCUUAAGCAUCGGUUGACCCCACCCCCUAAAGAAGUGUACUCCCUUCACCGAAAACUAGCAGGCUGCUUUUUGAUGUGUACAAAGCUGAGAGCCAAGAUCCCUUGUAAGCCAAUAUUUGAAAACUCAUACACAAAGUACUGGCAAGACUGGUCUUUAUGAAGAAGCUACUCUGGGACCAGUUUAGCAGUUUUCAAGGAUUUGUCCUCCUUCAGUUUGUAAUCUAUGGUGUUUAAAAUUAAUGGAAAUGUCUCAGGUAUUUGGACACAUUUUGACAUUACAGCCCUAUAAUAAUGGAGUUGAGAAGGAAAAUACUGAAUAUAAUUGAAUUCUGUAUUUCUGAGAAUUUGUGACUAUGGUUUCAUUAGCACAUGGGACAUUUAACUACUUAAAUCUUUAAAAAAAGAGUGAAUCUGUUCAGCUGGAACUCCUUACCCCAAAAUAUUUAUAUGGGGGAUGAAAGCGAAAAAUUCCUUCUGAUUUCUUGCAUGUUGUUUGGACUUUGGUGGUGCUUACUUCAAAUUGAAGUAGAAUGUGUGUUUUAAAAACAUUGUGUGGUGAAGACUGAAAGUUGUUUAAAAUAAGCAUACUUGAUAAGUUUGACAUUUUAGGUGACCCAAGUGUAAAUUAGUUACCAUUUUUUCCAUUAACAUGUUGAUUUUGAGAAGUAUAGUUCAUUACAUGAGUGUGGUAGUGCUGCUUACUUCACAGAAUGAUAUGAUGCCACAGCUUGUUGGUUUAACCAUUUCAAGUGUGUGAUUCCUUAUGGGGAGUUUUUAAACAUGCAUAAAGAAUAAUGUAUUUCCUCUUCAUUUUAUGUUGAGACAGGAUCUGUCUAGUUCUCACACAUUUAAUCUGUUUGAUGUGUUUAAAACAUCCACUGGCUAGUUUCCUUUUACUAACAGACUGUACAUUUUGAUGUCAUUGAGAUAUUUUGAUGCACUUCUGUUACUGAGGGAAACCUUUAAAGUGCCUUCAGGAUGUAGUUGUUUUAAUUUAACAUAAUUGAAAUUAAUAGAAUGAGCAACCAAAACUAGUAGAUGACUGAGGAGUCCACUAUAAAAUGGAAAGGACUUUCCAGGGUGGAGGACAAAGAAUUAGGUUAAGCUUACUUGCCCCUCAUAUUGUAUGUGAAUGCCUCCUGUCAGAGUAUAUACAUGGCAGAGAUGGAAGGUUUGAUUGGAAGGGCUGGGUAUCAGAGGUCUUGGAAAACUAAAUUCAUUUGUGUGAGCAUGUGACCAAUGCUACUGGGAGUGACCAAUGCUACUGGGAGAUUGAAAGGGAGAAAUGUAGGUUACAAUUUCAAAAUAUCUCCGAAUGAGUUCUCUAUGCCAUGUCACUACACAGAACAUCAGAAGUGAAAUAUUAAAAUUUCAUAAAAGUAGAACUGUAAGUGGUUGGAAGACGUUGCACACUGAAUAUGGAUCAGUUUUUCAGGGAAGAGGCUCAACUCCCUCUAACUCUUAUUACUCGUUUCUCUUCUUUUUUUCCCUUUCCUUGUUUUCCUUCCUAUCCUGUCUCGAAAUAUACUACCUUCAUCUUCACAAAAAAGUAUGUUAUUGACAGUCCCACUGUUAACACAGUGUAAGAUCAUCAGUAUGAGACUUUGCUUAAAGUUACAUAAUUUACAAGUAAUAUAAUGUAAAUCAACUAAGUGAACAGCUAUUCCUCGUAGAUUUCAGAAAAUUAAAAUACAGAGAGGAGAGAGCUUUCCAAAGUGGAGGAAGAAGGAUUAUGCUAGACUUGCGUACCUGUCACAGGGAGUGAGUGGAUAUUAUCAAAGAAUGCCCAGCUGGAGUAUGUCUGGUAAUAACAGGAGACAUGAUUGGGAAGAGGUUGGAACAUGGCAGAAUGGCAAAAUGUAGUGGUCCCCAACUUGUGCUGCUAUCUCUGAAGUAAAUGAAGUCUGUUUGGGAGUAGGAUAUUCAUCUGGAUCAGAAAAGGGGUAGGAUAUUCAUCUGGAUCAGAAAAGGAUAGUCUUAAUAAUACAUAUAAAAGUAAAAUUCCCUAAAUUAUCCGCAGACAUUCAGUCAGUAAUAACUUGACUUUGUUUAGAUUCUUCUUGUGCUGAAGUCUUUGUGCAGUACUGAUCUCACUCGCAGUAUUAAACUUGACUUAUACGUGGUGCUAUAAUUUGGAUUUAAAACAUGUUACUAUCUGGCUACCUCUGAAGUUUCUCUACUUCUCACUUUACAUUUAAUUCCUAAUCUGCCUUUAUUUAGUCUUUGAUACUGAAAGCAACUUAUUUAAUGUGCGAUGUUCUGCCCUUUAUAUGCAGAUUUUACUUUUUUUAUUUAACAUUUGUUUACCGGGAAAGUCCAACUUGGAACAAAGCCAGUUUUCAGCGGAGGCCCGGGGAGAAACGCUCCAGACGCAUGUCUUUGUAAUGAUAGGCAUUUGAAUUUUUUUUUUUUUUGUUAUCACUGUUGACUGUGUUGCCUGCCAACCAUCAAUCAUCCCCUCAGUUAUACAUUACCCUGACUGAGGGGGUGGGAUGGAAGUGUCAUUAUCUAGGCAGUCAUGAGGGUGCUUUGUGCUCUUGCUGACAUUCUGGCGAUGAGAAUGUUUUAUUUUUAUGACCUAAUCACACACCUGGUAGUGGUGAAAUCACUUGCAUCACUGCAGGCACUGGCUUUGUCUUGUUGUUCAGCACAUGCUUUCUCCUCCAUGUGUCAGCAGAGGGCUACCAUCACUAGCUUGGAUGGUCAUGCCUGCAUCUUCCCACCAAAAACUUCCUACUUCAUGAUGAGAUUCUGCAGUGCAGUAGUUAGACUCUGACAGAAGCCACCAUCCCUUCCUCAGAAUUGGCACCUCCAUCCUCCUUGCAUGCACUGUCAAGCUCCUGAGCCAAUAGUCAAAACUGGAUUGCCUGGGCUGUAGUCAAGGCUUUAUACCUAUAUGGCACUGGUACAGGCUUGAAUUAUACUUUGCAGUGAUUUUGACAUAGUUGAAUUUUUGAUGUUUUAACUUUGGUAUGAACUUUUAUUUUAGUUUAUUAAUGUUCUUGUAACUCAUGUAUAACAUUGCGGCAUGUUAAUAGUUUUUGUUUAUUGAAAUGUCUUUGGUCGAUCUUUCAUGUGCUUUUCUCUAUUAUUUUAGCAUUUGCUUGGUUAAGUUUCUUCUAUUUGAACAAUUUCUUCUGUAUGAACAGAAAAACAAGAUUCUGUAACUGCUUAAACAGAAACAGGAUAAAAAAUGUAAAGGAGAAAAAAAUGAUCACUGGCAUGUAGUUCUUUUCAUUUGCUGGUAUCUCUGAAGAGUUAAAUAGCAGGCAUCUUGCAGAAUAAGACAUUUUACUUUUUAUGUAUUACUUUUUUAUUGCUGUUGUUUUUCCAUUUGUUUACUGAGAAAGUCCAACUGGGUCCUGCUACAUCCCCUUUCAGCGGGAGGCUUUGUGAGAAAAUUCUAGAAAAGCAUUGUCAAUAAUACAUUGUACAAGGUCACAGUAUUAUUUCCGACAUUAUCUGGAAGAGAGCAGCUUAUGGGUAAACUGAUGUUACAGGGAUAAUUAGAUAAGAUAAAAUGUAUAUAGUAUUUACAGUAUACGAAAGAAGUAUAAGAAAGCAUAAGGGAUUUUAAAGGAAAUAUGUGCUCUAGGUGCCUGUUGCAGUGGAGAGUUUGCAAACUACUGCUGAGAGAAUAGAGAGGAAUUAUUUUAUUGCCAUGUAGGCAUUCUGGAGACCGCUGAUUAAGGUAUCUGGCAUUAUUAGUAAUAAAUGUAUUAGAGUAUGCCACUCAUAGAUAGGAGGAAUUGAGCAAGCACAGGGCCAUGUGUCUAGCAGAUUUGAUUUAAGAUGGGUUUUGGAGAGCUUUUGUACUUGUUAGUUGUCUAAUGGAUGAGAUCAAGAAAUCCCAUGCUUUAGAUAUGAAUGUGGAAUUAUAAGACAUCCCUACAGCUAUUAAAAUACAUUUUGUAAGAAAGCAAGGCUUGUAUUUUUAGAGCACAGUGGUCUAUUGGGAUUGUACCUCUCUAUUACUGGAGAUAUUGCUGAGUAUUUUUCAGGGUAAAAGAGACUGUUGUGAGAAGGUUGGGCAGUUAGGAAAUUCAAGCAAAUUUCUGGUUCUUGGGGCAUGGAAGUCAUUUUUUAUUGGAUAGCUUGACGGUGAAUUUGGCUAUUGUAUAACUCAGGUUUAGUUGAGUGUUUGGAUGUUGUAAGGAUUGGAGAGAGACAUAGCAAACUUGAUAGAAGUUAGGUUGCUACUGUGGUUUGUCAAACUUCCGCUGUCAAAUAGUGCACUGUUCUGCAGAGGCAAUUUAGUUUGUGGUGAAUUUGUUUUUUGUAUGUGAAUGUCAAAUUUGUUUGUCAGUCGUAACACCUAAGAGUUUUGUUUGGGGGACAAUUUCAAGCAAGAUGUUUGAGGAGUAAACAUGGAAGUUAUUCUGUGAAUCUCUGAGAGAUUGAGGAUAAUAAACAUUAACACAGUUUUCUUGUCUUUGAGUAAUAAAUGGGAUUUGUCAAGCCAUUUCUGUAUGUAAGAGAAAGACUGUUGUGUGAUGUCUUGUAGCCAAGGGGGAGGGUGAGGCCAGAGCAGAUGAGUGUGGUCUUGUCAGAUGCCACAUGUAGGUUAUUUCUAAAGUUAUUUAUACGAGGAUCGAACAGGGAAACAAGGCUAAAGCCUUGUGGUACACCAGUUGAUAUACGCAACUAAGAUGAAAGUGCAGAUUUCCAUUUAUUGCAAGUUCUAUAGGAUAAGUAGCUGUUGAACCAAUUUAAAGUAGAGAUGGAGACCUUGGUGAGCGAGGCAUUUAGCAGGAUUGGCUGGGUUAACACAGGUAAAUGUGAGUGAGGUUAUUUAGCAGUAUUGGGUGGGAUAACACAGACAAAGGUUAGUAUAGUAUUUAGCAGUAUUGGGUGGCAUACUGCAGAUAUUUAGGUUUAAUAAUUUUAGACCUGGAUUAUUAUUGAUGCUGUUUAUAGGGGGAAGUGGAGUGUUAUAGGUUAUGUGGUUUUAAAGUUGUUUGCACAGUUGGGAUAGAGGGACUAGGGUUUGGUUGAAUGUCACUGCAUAAUUUUAUGGUGAGGGGUAUGGUACUUGUAUUCCUUUUUUUUUCUGGAAAUAAGGAUUGUAUAUAUGUAGAGUGAAUUUUGUUGUAUUGCAACUUGGCUCAAUUUUAAGUAAUUGAACACCUCCUGGUAGACGUGUACUGAUAUGGCGCUGGCUGGUUGUAAUAGAGGAUCUUUGUGUAGGAUAGAGUUUUUGGUUUAAGUUUGUGUUUGUAGUAACAGGCUUUUUUUUUAUAGAAUACUGUUUGCUGGUCUUUUUCAUUGGGCACAGACCAGCAUCAUGCUGUUUUAUUACAUUUUGUCUACCAUGAUUGGGUGGCAUUUAGUAAUGGCAUUCACUAGGAUUUCUCUCAGUGGCAUUUGCCUAAAGGUGGUGGUGGGAGACCAAGGAGAAAAGUUUAGGGGGAAGUAUAAGAAAAUGUAAAUUGGUUAAUUAAAAUUUGGUGUCUUCCCUUGGCCCAAAUCAACAGGAACAAUGUUAGGAUAAAAAUUGUUGAUGUUAAAUUGUUAAUCUCUCCGACUCGGCCUAUACUAAAGCUCGAGAGCUAAUUUUACCGGCUCGAGGCAACCCUAUAUCUCA